AUACAUCAGUGUUUGUGCGAUAUGUUGAUCGACGCAUCACAAUUGUUCUAAUAUAUGUGGAUGAUUUGCUAAUUGCUGGGAAUGAUUCUGUCAUGCUCGAUUCUACAAAGUCUCUGUUACGAGAUCACUUCCAGCUCAAGGAUCUUGGUCCUCCGCGUUUCUUCUUGGGAAUCGAAAUUUCUCGUUCUGCAUCUGGUAUACAUUUAUGCCAGAGAAAGUAUACAUUGGAGCUUCUUGAGGAUUAUGGUCUGCUUGGGUCAAAACCUGUUAUUACUCCAAUGGAAACAAAGGCGAAACUGUCUCAGAGUUCAGGAAAUCUCUUGGCUGAUGCAUCAUACUAUCGUCAAUUGGUGGGGAAGCUGAUUUAUCUCUCAGUUACUAGACCUGACAUCUGUUUUGUUGUGCAGAAUCUGAGCCAGUUCAUGUCUCAGCCCAGAACUCCUCAUCUCCAUGCUGCUUUUCGAGUUCUGCGAUAUCUUAAAUCCUCCCCUUCCCAAGGACUUUUUUACUCUGCUUCUUCUUCCAUGACACUUAAAGCCUAUUCUGAUGCCGAUUGGGGUUCCUGUCCGGAUACACGCCGAUCCGUUACUGGUUAUUGUGUGUUUUUGGGCAGCUCAAUGGUGUCUUGGAAAUCCAAGAAACAGACCACCGUUUCCCGUAGCAGUGCAGAAUCAGAAUAUCGGGCGUUGGCUCAAACAUCUUGUGAACUUAUCUGGCUUGCUAAUCUGCUUACUGAUCUUCACGUCCCUUGCUCGAAGCCCUUUAACAUUUACUGUGAUAAUCAGUCGGCUCUUCAUCUUGCUAGCAACCCGGUCCAUCAUGAACGGACGAAACACAUUCAACUAGACUGCCACUUCAUUCGAGAACAUAUUUCAGCUGGUCUACUCAAGACAUUACAUGUACGUUCUCAGGAUCAAGUGGCGGACAUUUUUACGAAACCAUUGGCAUCUGAUCAACUUCAGCACCUACUCUUCAAGAUGGGAAUACAAGAUUUGUAUUCUCCAUCUUGA